AUGGCCAGCCACCAGCAGAAAGCUACCGGUCACGCCGAGGAGGCCCGUGGGCAGCUUGGAGCGGGCGCUGAGGAAGCUCGCAAGGCAACUCAGGCGAAGAUGGAGCAGGGGAAGCAGGGCCUUUCGGAGACCGGGCAGCAGAUGAAGGACACCUCGGGCCGCGCUGCCGAGACUGCUCGUGAGAAAUCCGCGCAAGCUGGUGAUGUUGCGGGGAGGAAGAUGGAGGAGACGAAGCAGGGUGCCUCUGAAGGGCUUGGUCGUGCUCAGGAAAGUGCUCAGAAGACGUGGGAGCAGACCAAGGAGAGCACUGCUCAGGCCACUGAGCAGGCGAAGCAGACGGCAGGAGAAGCCGCCCAGAGGACGCAGGAGGCAGCUCAGGGCACUGUAGAUAAGACCAAGGAAAUGGCUAGCCGCACUGCUGAGUCUACGCAAGAGACGGGAAAGGGUGCAGCUGAGCAGGCAAGGGUUGCGGCCGAAGAGGCAGCUGCAAAGACUAGGGAGACUGCUCAGGCCGCUCAGCAGUCCGUCGCAGAUACUGUGAAGUCAGCCAUGGCGGACGCCGCAGUGAAGCGGUCUGAGGAGGAAAGUAACUUGCUUGAUUUCGACACGGCAGCAGUCGCCGCCGUUACGACGGAGGAAGGGGUUAUUGAGCCACUUCCGGAUUUUGUGGAGAAGGCAUUGGUGAACUCGCGGGCCGUGUACGAUGCCAUGUACAAGCGGUCGCUCGAAGAGCCCGAGGCCUUCUGGUCCGAGGUCGCGAGUCAUUUCCACUGGAACAAGAAAUGGGAGACAUUCCACUCGUACAAUUUCGACACGCGCAAGGGCCCGGUCGACAUCAAGUGGUUCGUGGGCGGCGAGACGAACCUGUGCUACAACGCCGUUGACCGCCACGUGUCGGCCGGCAAGGGCAACAAGGUGGCGCUGAUCUGGGAGGGCAACGACCUUGGCGUGCAGGGCCAGUGGACGUACUCUCAGCUGCUGUCGCAGGUGUGCAAGAUCGCUAAUUACCUGAAGAGCGUGGGUGUAAAGCGAGGCGACACGGUCAGCAUCUACCUCCCUAUGGUGCCAGAGCUGCCUGCAGCGAUGCUGGCGUGCGCGCGCAUAGGCGCGGUGCACUCCGUGGUGUUCGCGGGGUUCAGCGCGGAGUCGCUGGCGGGGCGCCUCGUGGACUCGUGCAGCAAGGUGGUGCUCACCGCCACGGCCGUGCUGCGCGGCACCAAGCUCAUCGCGCUCAAGUCCAUUGUGGAUGACGCGAUCGCGCAGUGUCCCGACGACAACCGUCCGACGACGGUGCUCGUGUACGACAACAAGCUCGCCAUCUCCCGGGAGAAGGCGUCGUUCGUGGAGGGGCGGGACCACUGGUGGCAGGACGAGGUGGAGAAGCAGAGCGAAGUUUGCCCGGUGGAGUGGAUGGAGGCGGAGGAGCCGCUGUUCAUGCUGUACACAUCGGGCAGCACGGGCAAGCCCAAGGGCGUGCUGCACACCACGGCGGGGUACAUGCUGGGCGCCGCCACGUCCUUCAAGUACAUCUUCGACCACCACGACGACGACGUCUUCUGGUGCACGGCGGACUGCGGGUGGAUCACGGGGCACACGUACCUGACGUACGGCCCGCUGCUGAACGGCGCCACCGUGCUCGUGUUUGAGGGCGUGCCCACGCACCCCGACCCCGGACGCUGCUGGGACGUCGUGGACAAGUACAAGGUCACGGUGUUCUACACGGCUCCCACUGCCAUCCGCGCUCUCAUGCGAUGCGGCGACCAUUGGCCUGGCAAGUACAGUCUCACAUCGCUGCGUCUACUGGGGAGUGUGGGCGAGCCCAUCAACCCUGAAGCCUGGCGCUGGUACCACUCGGCUAUUGGGCGCGGGCGCUGCCCCAUUGCGGACACGUGGUGGCAGACAGAGACCGGCUCCAUCAUGAUCACUCCUCUGGCGGGUGCGUGGGCGCUCAAGCCAGGCAGUGCGACGCUGCCCUUCUUUGGAGUGGAGCCCGCAGUGCUGGACGAGAACGGCAACGAGCUCCAGGGCGCGUGCAGUGGGUUCCUGUGCAUCAAGCGCGCGUGGCCUAGCAUCAUGCGCACGGUCAAGGGCGACCAUGCACGCUUUGAGGAGGUCUACUUCUCCAUGUUCAAGGGCUACUACUUCACGGGUGACGGGUGCCGCAGGGAUGAGGACGGUUUCUACUGGGUGACAGGGCGAGUGGACGAUGUCAUCAACGUCAGUGGUCACCGCAUUGGAACGGCUGAGGUGGAGAGUGCACUUGUGGCGCACGAAAGCUGUGCUGAGGCGGCAGUGGUGGGGUAUGAGCACCCUAUCAAGGGUCAGGGUAUUUAUGCCUUCGUCACACUCAUGGAAGGAGUGGAGCAAACGGAGGAGGUGCGAACGGCCCUCAAGUCCGCUGUUCGCCAGGCCAUUGGAGCCUUUGCCACUCCAGACGUCAUCCAUUGGGCUCCUGGGCUGCCAAAAACGCGCUCUGGCAAGAUCAUGCGCCGUGUGCUUCGCAAAAUUGCUGCCAAUGACCUGGAGACCCUUGGCGAUAUAAGCACUCUUGCUGACCCUUCAGUUGUGCAGCAGUUGAUCGAGUUGAGAGGAGUGUAG